CUUCAUGAAACCGCUGAUGGUCGGAGCGUGCUUGAGAUCGGAAGCUGCCUCGUGACUGCAACGACAGAACCGCAACGGAAUCAGCUACAGAAAAAAACCGCCGCUGCUGGGAUGCAGGCGCCAGAUUCCCCUAUUCUCGCAUCAGUUGUAGAGAGAAGAUGAGUGAUUCAUGGUCUAACUCAGCAUCCCGUACCUUUCGCGAGAUGGCGGCAGCGUCCAUGGCCAUGUGCAGCGUGUCAGUGGCCCUCAACCCCUUCGAUGUCCUCAAGGUCAAGAUGCAGACGCAGCAUCAGAGCCUCAACGUCACGCUGCAGCAGAUGGGCGGCACGGGCGGAACUUCAGGCGUCUCCAGCAUGCCCAAAUACAGUGGAUUCAUUGACGCUGUCAGGAAGAUUUCGGCCGAGGAGGGCACUGUGAGAGGACUUGUGGCGCCAGGUUGGCACAUAUUCACUCGUCUUGACGUUUUUCAGUCCGGCUGUGGCGUGCUGUCGUGUGGUGUGUGCGAUGGAUGUUUCCUUCAGGGCUUUACGCGUCUGCACUGAGGGAUGUGCUGAAUGGCGCCUUUAGGAUAGGGCUUUACCCGACUGUCAAGCAGAUGGUGCACCGGGGGUGGCAGCAGACGACAGGCGGCGAGGCGACAGACGGCCUGGGAAUCAGGAUCACGGCCAGCCUGCUCACAGGUACUUACAUCAAAAGACAACCGAUCUGAUCUGGACACACACAUUCGGAUGUGUUCCAUGCCGUGGCCAUGCAGGAUGUCUUGGCGCGGCAGUGGCCAACCCGACUGACAUCGUCAAGGUCCGACUACAGGCCCAGAUCGCCUCAGCGCCAUCCGACCACCAAUACACAUCGACGCGUGAGGCCUUCACGAGGAUACUGAGAGAAGAGGGACUCAUCGACGGAUGGUAUGGUUGGUGAGAGCACAGCGAGCGAUGCGAAGCGAUCCCUCAGGUGUGUGUGUGUGCGUCGUGUCAUCCAUUGGUCCAUCAAUCAGGUAUCGCGGGACACUUCCCUCGGCUUUGCGUGCUGGCGUUGUCACGUCCGCCCAAAUCGUGUCUUACGAGUACUCGAAAGAGCUCCUCCGCGACGGUCCCCUGUUCAGAGCGGCCGAGAGCGGCAAGGAGAGCACGCAGUUGCACAUCACAUGCAGCGUCAUCUCGGGGCUGUCUGCGGCGGUGCUGUCCUCGCCAAUUGAUAUGGUUAAGUCGAGGAUUAUGAAUGACACGGCCGCCAGCACGGCGGUCAACUACCACUACAGUGGGGUUAUUGGGUGCUUUGUCAAGAUCUGCCGAUAUGAGGGCGCAACGGCCCUGUUUAGAGGGUUCUUGGGCAACUAUCUGAGGCUGGGUGAGCAUGCAAAGGGAGCGACCGGGUAGCGAUGUGGCCGCAUGGCGUCGUGUGUAUGAAUGUGUGUGUGUGUUGUGGUCAGGUCCUCAUUUUCUGUUGUCGUGGCCGUUGCUGGAGCAGUGCAGAUUGAUGAUGGGGCUUGGACACUUCUGAGCGAUGUGUAUAUGGUGUGCUGGUGGCGUGUGGCGCUUUUUUGUCGCGUGUUGAUUUUGUCGUCAUCUGUAGAUAGGACACACGAGCAGGCUACACGAUCGUGUCUGCGAUUGAUGCAUUCCAUCAUCAUCUGGCAUAUGGAAGAUCCGGACUUCCUGCAGUGUGUGGUCC